AUGGCACCCACCAAAGCUCAGGCAAAGCACAAGGCUGCCACCGCUACCAACGACUUUCAGUCUUUCGUUACAAACGCUCGCGAGCGCAAGCGAAAUGAAGACCUCGCGACAAAGAUCUUCUCCACAAAGUCCCGUCGCCAGAGUGCUCCCUCAACCCUCAAGUCGCAGAAGACCCCCGGUGGCUCCCUAGCCAGCCGUGUGGGCGUCAAGAAGAAGCCCCGUGCAUCACUGGGCUCUCGAGCAGCUCCGGCGCCCGCUGGCAACGUCAACGGCGAAUGGACCCAUGAUCUACACAACACCGUCAACAACGCCCGCUCACUCAAGUCCCGCAUCACCAAUGGCAGCGCCAACGCCAAGGCACCGCCCACAGGUCCGCGCGGCAACAAGGCGGCACGACGCGCAACCGCUCUCGACCGCAUGGAUCUCGACUCGGCCGCCGUCCAGUCGCAAGCCAACAUUAGAAGCCCCCCUCAGGGCAUAUCGAUUCGCGGCCUCGCGGGGCCCUUCACCGUGAUGGGUCAGAACUUUGCCCCGGGAACGACUGCAGCGGACGUCGAGAGCGCCAUGACCCCGAUCGGCGGGCCGAUGGAGCAGUGCAGAGUCAUUAAGACGCAGCCGUUCAUGGUGGUGGAGAUGGUAUUCGCUUCGCGGGAAGGGGGCGAGAGAGUCAUUGAGACCUUCAACGAUAAGACGGCCGAUGGUCGAAAACUCAAAAUGUAUCCCAAGAUCGGCGGCGGGGAAGCCAGCACGACGGCGACACGCGCAUCCAGAGCCGAGGAGCAAGUCGUCGAUGGUUCCCACGGCUUCCCCGACCCCAAACAGACCCAGAGGCUGUAUAGUGAUAAAAUUGUCAGCCACCCAGCUGGGAGGGGUCGCGGACGCGGACAGCGCGGUCGAGUGGGGGAAUAG